AUGGACAGGGAGAAGCUUAUUUCUUGUUUGUUCAACAGAAAACGUUCUGAUGUUAAAACAACAACUGACUGGAAUGCUCCAAUCAUAUGGGAAGGAACUUAUAAUAGAAAGGUUCUGGAAAAAUAUUAUAAGAGGCUGAAUAUCACCAUAGGCUUGGUUGUAUUUGCUCAUGGAAAACUUGCGAAUUGGCAACUGAAACAGUUCCUACAAUCUGCUGAUAAGCACUUUAUGGUUGGCUACAAUGUUAUUUUUUAUAUUCUUAUUGAUCAUAAAAUCACCAAAACACCUAUUUUAGAAUUAGGCCCCCUUCGAACAUUCAAGAUAUUUUAUACUUACAAAGAAGAUACAUGGAAUGACACUGAUUUCAUAUACAUGAUGAACUUAAGUACAUAUAUUAUAGAUUACAUCCAGUUUGAAGUCAAUUUUCUCUUUUCUAUGACUGCAAAUCAGAUCUUCAAGAAUGACUUUGGAGUAGAAACCCUGGGAAGAACUGUAGCUCAGCUUCACUCAUGGUGGUAUUUUCAGAAUGUUAAUGAUUUCCCUUAUGAGAGAAGACAUAAAUCAGCAGCUUUCAUCCCAUAUGGACAGGGCGAUUUUUAUUAUCAUGGUGCAAUUUUUGGUGGCAAACCCCAUGAGCUUUUAAGAUUCCUUAGCGAAUAUCAAACAAGAAUUAAUUAUGAUGCCACAAAUAAACUUAAUAGUACAUAUGAAAAGCACCUAAACAAGUAUCUUUUUGUCAAUAAACCCACUAAGCUAUUAUCACCAGAAUACAACUGGGAUCCAACUUUUAAAGCUCCUCCACAAAUUAAGCAAGUUAAGAUAGCAUGGCAGCCAGAAAUGAGUUGA